AUGACGUCAGAAGGCCGUCCUACGGUGCCGGGACGCGCGCAGGGAGGCGACGCGUGUCCCUCCUCGCAGACGAGCGAGAUGGUGCGAGCGGAGCGGGAGGCAUGGUGCGCCGACUUGCGACUGCUGCUGCUGCACACCUACGCUCGCAGACGCCUUGACGGCUUUUGGGAGAUCCUCUCGGACUACCCCGACUCCGUUCCAGCUCUCGAGGACAUGCAUUACUGCCUGCAGUCGACCCCGGAAAGCGGUCUCAAGACAGAGCUGGUGCAGACUGUGCGUCAUCUGCUCUCUUCGCGCCUCCACCGCGCCGGCACACGCACCGACGACAUUUUGGCCAUUCUCAUCAAUACCAUUCACGCCUUCUGCAUAUUGUUUCCGCGAAAUGAGCAAAGCAGCGUCGUCUUCUCCGUCACCUCCGACACCCUGGAGCAUCUGCGACGGCGCAAGGACUGCGUGCCAGCGGUGGUGCAGGCGGUGAUGCAGCCCGGUGGUGCAAUGAACGUUGCACCACCACCGCUGACCCAGGCUGCAUCCGAGGGCCUUGUCGGCAGCCUGGAUUUCGACGCCGAUGCAGGUGGCAAGGAAGGAGAGCUGCAUCGCGCAGCUUCUCGAGACCGACCGGAUGUGGUGCGUGUCCUGCUGACGUCCAUUCCUCGCCGUGCAUUAGUUGAUGAGUACCAGCAGAUGCUGGCGGAACAGCUUCUGCAGAAGCCCAUGCACGAGUUUGAUACAACACCAGAGGAGGAGGUGCUCGAGCGGCUGCGGCACGUGUUCGGCGAGACGGCACUCGAUCGGUGCGCAGUUAUGGUGCGAGACAUGCAGAUGUCCCGGCGUAUCUCUCAGCAGCUGCGCGAGCAGCUGGCUCGUAGCCGCGCGGAUCGCUUGUCACAGUCAAGAUCCACUGCUGCCUCCGCCACUGCUGUGUCUCCCGCGGCAAGCGUCUCGGUUCUGUCGAUGACAACCUGGCCUCCACUUGCUCGUUGCAGUCCCGCGAACGGCGGCGAUUCUGGACCUGCUGCGGCGCCACUGAAAUUUUGUCCCCAUCCAGCGCUGCAGGAGGAGAUGGAUGCCCUUGCCGAGGCGUACAAGCGGCUCAAGGACAACCAGCGAAUGACCUGGUUGCCCUCCCUCGGCCGUGUUGAGCUAGUGCUAACGCAGAAGGACCCGUCCAAGGGGGACACACUCGUGGCGGUGCCGCAGGUACUCUCUCUGUUCGACGCCUCGAUCGUCUUGCACGUGAAGGAGAUGGCAAGCCGUGGUGGCUCCAGCACCCCGGUCCAUCUAAAGGAGGUGGCGGUCGCAAUGGAGGUGCAGCUGGAGGAGCUCCGCGCGCACGCGCAACGACUCUCCCCGGCGGUGCUGGUGUUCCAGCCAGCGACGGACCUGGUCACCAUGCAGCUCAGCGUGGCCUCUUCUGCCGACUUCGUCUUCAUGGAGGACAGAGAACCUGAUGAGGAAUCCGGGAAGCCGGCAGGACUUCCCCCCGAGCGCGUGAAGCUGAUGGAGCGGAUGGUGACGUCGCUCCUCAAGACACGUGGCGCUCAAUCGAGCACAGCGAUUCACAGCAGUCUCAAGUUGUUGGGCAAGUUCGAAGGGUCAAACGCGGACGUGGUGGAGCUUCUGCGGUCGUUUGUGGGCCGAGGAUUGAUUGUGCUCAACGACGCGAGACAGUACGCCCUUCCACCCAAGUAA